GCAGGGCAUACAUUCGUACAUAUCUCUAUUUCCCUCAUUCAGUGAAACCACUGCAAUAAGUCGAAUUCGGGGAAUGACACAGGAAAAUGGGGUUUCUCCCCAGGCGUCUAUAGAAACCACACCAUCAUCCCACACACAGUUGGCCACCUCUUCGUCAAUGCCACAGGGCCAGAAUAUCACCAACAUCGAUCCGUCCGUUAGACCGUCGUCGGAUUCUAUAAAAAAAUCAGGUACUAUUCCGGGUAGAGUUGAGAUCCCCAAGCUCUCGCCGGCUACUACAGAGCUUCUGGCACGGGUGACGGGUAGUUUCGCGAGGAAAGAUGGUUUUGAUCCUGUCACUGGCUGGAGUUCACCAUCGCUUGAUACAGAGUUGAAUGACAAGUGGAAGGCACAAGGGACCGGCAAUAUGAAGUCUUCUUCUGCAUUUUUGGAAAUUACACCUUCGCACUUGCCGCUGUCGCGGCCGGAUAUCCCUAGUAUACCGGCACCUGCCCAGAAGGAUUAUAUUGAAACAGGCAUCAUUAAUAUUGCUCCGAAGCCAGCAGACCCAUCAUCGACUCAUUUACAGCCACAAUUGCAACCGCAAGCAAUGAUGCCAGAAGUUAGGACGGCUAAGCAGCAGAAGGCGGCCGCUCCUCGUGCCCGACAAUCUGCGAAUGGAACCAGACGCGCCGUGAAAAAACACAGACGUGGUGACUAUGACGACGGUGAAGGAAUCAUAAAGGCCGGAGACUCUACUUCUGAUGAAUCUGACAUUGCACCGACGGCAACGCAAACCAAAUCGGGUCGACAAGUCAACCGUCCUUCCUUAUACGUCCCUCCUCCGGCUCCGUCUCCAUCAAUUGGCAACAAGAAUACCACUGCAGUCCCGAGCCCAUCUAGCAAUCUUGGUACGACCCCGGGAUCAGCACGAAAGCGCAAACGUGUUAUGCGGAAGGGCAAGGAUAUCAACACCAAUUGCAUACAUUGUCAAAGAGGACAUAGUCCAUUUACUAAUGCUAUUGUCUUCUGCGACUCGUGCAAUAGGGCAUGGCAUCAACUAUGCCAUGAUCCGUGCAUCGAUAGAGAGGUCGUUUUGGUCAAGGAGAAGGAAUGGAUGUGCAAGGAAUGCAAACCUGUAUCGCUGUCCAGUAUCCAGCCGACAGUUGUCAGGUGUGAUCCUUACGUUGUACAAACGCAGCCCGCCCAGGUAAAGCUACAAAUUCCGUCCCUUGAAGUUGGAAGCUCGGGAUUCUCAGGCGAUGAAUGCCGUAGCUACCUGUCAAGUUUGUCUCAUGCAACUCUGGUCGAGUUGCUGGUUACUUUAGCAGACCGGAAUCCGGAACUCCCCAUAUUCCCUGGGAACCUGAAGUCUUUGCCGUCGUCCAAAUUCCCUCUCCAGUCUGGCAUGUCGUUUUUGGUUUCUGCGGCACCAGUUAAUCCACCGGCAGCUGGUAGCUUGACCCAGAAACCCACCAACGGUACCUCAAUUAACGGGAAUGAUGAUGCUACUGCGGAUCCACCUACUGGCCAUAACCCGUCAACUGCUGGAAAGAAACGGCGCCACAGCGAGAUCUCCGAAGAUGACGAGGCUGGUUAUGAAAUCGAGGAUCAUCGGCUAUACCCCCGGGCUGGUAAUGGCCUUCGCCUUUCCCUCAACCCGGAUGAUCUUGACAUUAUGCAAGAAGAUCCUGCUUGUCCUACCUUUAGCUAUUCGUUGCAUGGUUCUGCCAAAGCUUGCGCGGAAACCAAUGACGCUGUUCCUGUAUGGGGGACCGCGUAACGCCUUCUUUACCUUUUUUUUUUUUUUUUUUUUUU